UCAUAUGAUAUACUGGGUGGACUUAUUCGUUGAUUUACAGAGUUGGAGGAGUUGAAUAAAUUUGGGACUGUUGUCAAAGUGUUCAGAAUCCAGUUAGAAAUAGGAACAGAGAGUCACCAAGUACAGAUAAUUCAGGCAAAUGUGAGAAGUUGCAUUUUGAGAGGUCAAAUUCGCGAGCAAUGUGCACGGAGAAUGUUGGGACUGAUAAUAAGAUUGAUGUACUGUCGGGUCUUGUGAUGGGUGUGCACAGCUCCCUUAAGGUGGCAACACAAUUGGUAGUGUGCAAACGAUGAGUUGAGGUAUUUGUUAAAGUUAGACUGUAACUGGAUACGCGUUGGUUAAGAGACAAUUUCAGUAUUGUGCACAAAUUGAGAAUGAUGUGGAGGGUCUGUAGAGGGUGUAGACGAAUUUCACCACAAAAACCUGAGGUAACAGGUCUGUUUAGAUGGUAAAGCUUAAAGGGGAUUUACGAUGCAGGUUUUCCACAGAGAGUGAUUGGUGUCUGGAAUGAGCUGCCGAGGGAGGGACUGGAAACAGAUACUCAGCAGCGUCUGAGAGGCAUUUGAACUCAUGAGUAGGCCGGGAACGGGGGACAUUGACCGUGUUCCUGAAAAUGGGAUUGGUUUAAAAUGGCAUCGUGUCCGCAUACGCUUGGUACAUCUACUAUUUUAUGUUCUACGACCGACUACAGAUCUGAACUCCGCCAUCUCCGCCUUCCUGUCAAAUUGUGACGAUCACCAACUGUUUCGGUUGACGAGAUUCUACAUGGAGCGACUGGAGCAGGCGAUUGAGGAGGAUGUGGAGGGAGUGGGCUCCAUGUUAAAGGGCGAGGAUCACUUCACCAGGCAGGAGUAUCACAGCGUGACUGAGCUCGCGAAGAAGGGAAACCGAGCGGGCGCUUCCAAACUCCUCCUGGAUCUGGUGAUGGAGAGAGGCUCCGGGGCCCGGAAGGUGAUGUGGGAAUCCUUUGUGAAACUGCACCACCAUUUACCGAAGCUGAGCAGAAUAUUGAAUGAAAUACGGGAGCGAGGUGACGGCCAGUUCGCCUACAUGGACACUGAGCGGGAUUUCUCUGAAGUGCCCAAACAUCUGAAAGAUGUUCAACAGAAACACAAGGAGACUCUGCGGACAGAGACUGAAAAACUGAGAGUGAACACGAUCCUGAUGAGGGAGAAGGUGAAGGUUUUCCAGCUGGUUGAUCGAUACGCUGAGCUCACGGUCAUUUCUACUGUUCGAGAUCGGACACUGGUGGAACAUGAGCUGCUGGCAAGAGGCAGAGACCACGAGGAGUGGAGAGAAAAAGAUCUCCGUGGUAAGCUGGAAAAAAUCCGUACUGAUCAGUUAUUCAAGAAGAGCUUUGUUCAAAAAUUGCAAAGAUAUUUCUUUGGAAACAAAUCAGGGAUGUCCGCAGCAGUGGCCGGAGUCUCAGGGAUCGGGAAAACAACAAUGGUACAAAAGAUUGUUUACGACUGGGCCACGGGGAAGAUAUACCAACAAUUCCAGUUUGUCUUCAGUUUCAAAUUCCGGGAUUUAAACACCAUUAACUGCAGAAUAAACCUGAAGGAACUGAUUCUGCAUCAUUAUCCCUACUUUGGGAAUAUCCUGGGAGAGAUCUGGAAACAGACAGAGGGACUGCUGUUCAUAUUCGACGGAUUGGAUGAAUUCAAGGACAAAAUCAACUUUGUUGAUGGUCGGAGAGACACAGAAUCACAGGACACAGAUCCUGAAUUCAAGUGCAAGGUGUCUGAUAUUGUGUAUAGUUUAAUCCAGGGCAAGCUGCUCCCAGGGUGUUCAGUGCUGGUGACCACCCGCCCCACUGCGUUACAUUUAUUGGAAAAGGCGGAUAUCAGUGUCUGGGCUGAAAUCCUGGGAUUUGUUGGUGAGGAACGGAAGGAAUAUUUCAUCAGGUAUUUUGAAGAUCAGACGGAGGCAGAAGCAGUUUUCAAACACGUGAAGGAGAACGAGAUCCUGUACACCAUGAGCUACAACCCCUCCUACUGCUGGAUCCUCGCUCUGGCACUGGGCCCCUUCUUCACACAAAGAGUCAGGGACCCGCAGCGAGUUCCCAAGACCAUCACCCAACUGUACUCCUACUAUAUUUACAACAUCCUGAAAAACCAUGGCCGUGAGAUUGAGAACCCCCGUGAUGUGUUACUCAGAGUUGGUCAGAUGGCCUUCAGAGGAGUGUCGGAGAAGAAGAUUGUGUUUACAGAUGGAGAUUUGAUCAACUACAAACUGCAGCCUUCCCAGUUUCUGUCCGGGUUCCUGAUGGAGCUUUUGGAGAGAGAGGAUUCUGCCCAGAGCGUGGUGUACACAUUCCCACACCUCACCAUCCAAGAGUUUGUAGCUGCAGUCGCACAAUUCCUGAUCCCAGAUGGCAGAGAUAUCAUGAAACUCCUCACUGAAGCCCACUGCGUGAGGGAUGGGCGAUUUGAGGUAUUUCUCCGUUUUGUUGCUGGUCUCUCCAACCCAAUGACAGCUCGGGGUCUGGAGGAGUUUCUGGGUCCAUUUCCCAAUGAAACAACCUGCCGGGUGAUUGACUGGGUGAAGGAGGAGGUUAAACGCCGAAGUGGAAACACAGAGAGUGAAGCCAGUAAAAGGAGCCUCCUGAACACAUUGCACUACCUGUUUGAGUCUCAGAAUCGUGGACUGGCUCAGGCCGCACUGGGAUCUGUGGAAAGGAUUUCACUCAGUGGAAUGACACUGACCCCGAUUGAAUGCGCGGUCCUGUCUCAUGUCAUCGGACUCUGUGAUACAAUAAAACAGCUCAACCUGGAGAACUGCCACAUUCAGUAUGAGGGAAUACAGCGGCUGGGACCCGGGUUGCACAAGUGCCAGGAGUUGAGACUUGGGCAUAAUGACCUGGGAGAUUCAGGAGUGAAACUGGUGUCUGCGGCUCUGAGGAACCCGGAGUGUAAAAUACAGACACUGUGGUAAGUACCAGACUGUGGGAGAUUGUGUUUACAGUCACUGGGUGUCUGACACUGAGAAUGAAUGUGAUCAGUAGACACACAGAAAACAUACAGGACAAUGCAGGCCCUUCGGCCCACAAAGCCGUGCUGAACAUUUUUCUACCUUAGAAUUAUCUCGGUUUUACCCAUAGUGCUCUAUAUUUCUAAGCUCCAUGUAGCCAUCCUGGAGUUUAAAGUUUUCGCCUCCAGCAGCCCAUUGUUAAAACUAUGCCCUCUCGUGCUAGCCAUUUCAACCCUGGGGAGAAGACUCUGACUAUCUACAUGAUCAAUGCCUCUCAUUAUCUUGUACACCUCUAUCAAAUCACCUCUCAUAACCCGUCACUCCAAGAGAAAAGGCUGAGUUCACUCAACCUGUUCUCAUAAGGCAUGCUCCCCAAUCCAGGCAACAUCCUUGUAAAUCUCCUCUGCACCCUGUCUAUGGUUUCCACAUUUCACAUCCUCCUCCUCGGAGAUUGCUACCCAUUCCUCUUCUACCUGUGGGAUCUUUCUUCCACAUCCCCCUUCCUCCUGUGGGAUCUUUCUUCCCCGUCCCCCCUCCUCCUGUGGGGUCUCUCCUCCCAGUCCCCCUUCCUCCUGUGCGGUCCCUCCUGCCCGUCCCCCUUCCUCCUGUGGGGUCUCUCUUGCCCGUCCCCCUUCCUCCUGUGGGAUCUCUCCUCCCCAUCCCCCAUCCACCUGUGGGAUCUCCCCUCCCCGUCCCCCUUCCUCCUGUGGGAUCUCUCCUACCCGUCCCCCUUCCUCCUGUGGGGUCCCUCCUGCCCGUCCCCCUUCUUCCUGUGGGGUCUCUCUUGCCAAUACC